ACACGAUGGGCCUCCAGCGCACACCACCACAGAACGCGACACGUACCCGCCGCGACGACACCUUCUCGCCCAGCCAGGCGUUCGCGCCCGCCUCGCGGCUGGCUCGCUCGCCCGCCGGCGCAGCAGCGCCAGCGACGGACGACGAUGAGAUGGAGGUCGAGGCGGGGUUAGGCGCCGUCGAGGAGGCCGAGGAGGCGAUGGACGUGGACGUGGACGUGGACGACGUUCCCCCUCCUCCCCCGCCUGAACUAGUCGCCUCGUCGUCACGCGCGCCCCGCACCCCGGCUCCGAGCAAAACAAAGCCGGCUCGCACGCCAGCACCCGCCCCCGUCACGCCUGCGGCCCCGCGCUCCGCCAGACCGCCGCGCAAAUCCCAACUACCUGAACCCUCGCCUGAGCGUGCGCCGCCGCAGCAGGCGCCAGUAACCCCCCGCGCAUCGGCGCCAACACCGCACCGCACGCCGGCGCAGGUGCUCGCCGAGCCCGCUGUGCCCGUCCAAGGGGCCGACGACGCAGGCUAUGGCAAGUACUACGAGACGCUGGUGCUCGCGUUGAAGAACAACACGGUGGACCGGGGCCUGUCCAAGUGGACCCUGGACAACCUGCGCGAAUGCUACCCGCUCCUGGCGGACGCGAUGCCCGAGACCAUGUCAGCGGUGUGGCAGCAGACGUCGCACGCGAUGCGCGAGCAGACGCUCGAGGGCGCGACGGCCCUGCUGGGCGAGUACAAGGUGCCGCGGCGGCUGCAGACGUUUGCGCAGGUCAUCGCCGAGGGGCGCGAGUGGGCGGCCGAGCACGACGGCGAGGGGCGGCCCGACGCGUGGCGGCCUGACCUGACGCCGUACGUCAUUUCUGCUGGCACGAACCUCGAGGUGUACGACGUGUCGUGGAAGAUGCUGCGGGACGAGUAUGAGGAGGUGUCGAAAUCGGCCAGUGAGCGGUAUCGGCGCGUACUGGAGAAGCAGGCGCGGCUAGCCGAGCUGGAGAACGGUGUGGCCGACGGUGUGGUCGAGCUGAGCCAGGCAAACGCGCUGCUCAAGGGCUUCCCGACGCCAGAGAUGCUCGUCUGGGCAGAAGACGUGCAGACAAAACUCGGCGCAAGGGAAUAACUCUGUAUCCAUAUUGUACUGCACUACCUAUAACUAUUCUAGACCAAA